AUGAAUGAAGUAGAAAAAUUAGAAUAUCUUUCACUUGUAUCGAAAGUAUGUACAGAAUUAGAAAACCAUCUUGGAAUGAAUGACAAAGAUUUGGCUGAAUAUAUCAUACACUUGUCUGAAACAAAUGAUAACUUUGGAACUUUCAAAAAUGCUCUCCUGGAAAAUGGGGCAGAAUUUUCAGACUCUUUCAUAUCCAAUUUACUUAGAAUAAUCCAGCAUAUGCGUCCCAAAAAGAACCAAACCCAGGAAGAAGCUGAAAUUAUUGAAAAAGAUUCAUUGGCAUACAAAUUUCCUGGACUGGCAAUACCAAAUGAACCACAAAAACAAUUUAAUGUUAGUGACUCUGAGCAUGAACCUGAUGGAAAUGGCAAUGAAAGGAAAGGUGAAGAUAUUGAUAUAGUUGCAGAUAUAAUGAAACAGUUUGAAGCAGAAGCUCCUUCUAAAAAAGAUACAAAAGUAGAAAUAAGUAGAACACCAGAGAAUAAGACCAAAAUAAGAUCACCUCCUAGUAGAAAAAGGUCUAGAAGCCACUCUCCAAACAAGCGAAAGCGUUCUAGAAGCAGAGAAAAAUAUACUAGAAGAGAUAAAGAAACUAAUCAUAGAAGAGAUAGGGAAUCAAAUCAUAGAAAAGAUAGGGAAACUGAUCAUAAAAGAGGUAGAGACUCAGACUACAGAAGAGAUAAAGAUUCAAGUCACAAAAGAGAAAGAGAUGAAGAAUCUAAUCAUAGGCUGGAUAGGGAAUCUGACUACAGAAGGAAAAGAAGAAGUAGAUCAAGGGAUAGGGGAUCAAGAGACCAAAGGAAUAGAAGUAGAUCAAGAGAAAAGCGAAGAAGUAGGUCUAGGGAUAGAAAAGAAAGAGAUAGAAGUGUAGAAAGGAAGCCCAAAAUUGAUAUGAGCAGUGCUGAUUAUGAAGAUGAUCCCACUCCUGGAACAAUUUAUUCUGGAAAAGUAUCAAACAUUGUUCCUUUUGGCUGUUUUGUCCAAUUAGAAGGCCUGAGGAAAAGAUGGGAGGGUUUAGUUCACAUUUCACAACUAAGGGCAGAAGGUAGAGUCACCAAUGUGUCUGAAGUUGUCUCUAGAGGCACCAAAGUGAAGGUGAAAGUCCUCUCCGUCACCGGCCAGAAGGUGUCGCUGUCGAUGAAGGACGUCUGCCAGACGACGGGCAGGGACCUGAACCCAGCGUCGCACGCGCCCGCCGAGCGGGAGGACAGGGACAGGAACCCGGACAGGCCGACGAUGGGUGGCACCUCCGUGCUCAGGUUGCCCGUGAAUAUCGACGAAGGCGAGGAGGACUCCAGGAAGCGUGUGACGCGCAUAUCCAGUCCCGAACGGUGGGAGAUCAAACAGAUGAUAUCGUCGGGGUGCAUCGACAAGAGCGAGCUGCCGGACUUCGACGAGGACACCGGGUUGCUGCCGAAAGACGAGGACGGCGGCGAGGCGGACAUCGAGAUCGAGCUGGUCGAGGAGGAGGCGCCCUUCCUACAGGGGCACGGUAGGGCCCUAAGUGACCUGAGCCCCGUCCGUAUAGUGAAGAAUCCAGACGGCUCUCUAGCUCAGGCAGCCAUGAUGCAAUCCGCCCUUGCCAAGGAACGUCGAGAGGUUAAAAUGCUGCAACGAGAGCAGGAGGUAGAUGCACAGCCACAGGGCAAGAACAAAAGCUGGAUCGACCCGUUGCCCGAAGAAGAAUCGAAAACUGUCAUGGCGAGAGGCAUUGGGUUGCAGUCACAGGAUUUGCCAGAGUGGAAGAAACACGUCAUAGGUGGCAAAAAAUCCUCUUUCGGCAAGAAAACCAACCUGACCAUCAUCGAGCAGCGCCAGUCCUUGCCCAUCUACAAGCUGAAAGAAGAAUUACGUAAAGCCGUCACCGAGAACCAGAUCCUCAUCGUCAUCGGCGAGACGGGCUCGGGCAAGACCACGCAGAUCACCCAGUAUCUGGCGGAGGCCGGCUUCGUUGCUCGAGGCAAGAUCGGGUGCACACAACCAAGGCGUGUAGCCGCCAUGUCGGUGGCCAAAAGGGUGGCAGAGGAGUUCGGGUGCCGGUUGGGACAGGAGGUCGGCUACACUAUCCGGUUCGAGGACUGCACCAGCCCCGAGACCUUGAUCAAGUACAUGACGGACGGCAUGUUGCUCAGAGAGUGUCUUAUGGACUUGGACCUGAAACAGUACUCCGUCAUAAUGUUGGACGAGGCCCACGAGCGCACCAUCCACACGGACGUCUUGUUCGGCCUGCUCAAGCAAGCGGUGAUGAAGCGCGAGGAACUCAAGCUCAUCGUCACCUCGGCCACUCUGGACGCCGUCAAGUUCUCGCAGUACUUCUUCAAGGCACCCAUUUUCACCAUACCCGGGAGGACGUUCCCAGUAGAAGUAUUAUAUACGAAGGAGCCCGAGACUGACUAUUUGGAUGCUAGUCUUAUUACCGUGAUGCAGAUUCAUCUAAGAGAGCCCCCUGGUGACAUACUGCUUUUUUUAACAGGUCAAGAGGAGAUUGAUACUGCUUGUGAAAUACUAUAUGAAAGAAUGAAGUCUUUAGGUCCUGAUGUUCCCGAGCUGAUUAUUUUGCCUGUCUACUCGGCAUUGCCCUCCGAAAUGCAAACAAGGAUAUUCGAGCCUGCUCCUCCUGGUAGCAGGAAAGUUGUAAUUGCCACUAACAUAGCAGAGACUUCGCUCACCAUAGAUGGUAUAUACUAUGUCGUAGAUCCGGGAUUCGUGAAGCAGAAAGUUUACAAUUCCAAGACUGGCAUGGAUUCUUUGGUCGUUACACCGAUUUCGCAGGCGCAGGCUAAACAGCGGGCGGGCAGGGCGGGCCGCACGGGCCCCGGAAAAUGCUACCGCCUGUACACCGAGCGGGCCUACAGGGACGAGAUGCUGCCCACGCCGGUGCCGGAGAUCCAGCGCACCAAUCUGGCCACCACCGUGCUGCAGCUGAAGACGAUGGGCAUCAACGAUCUGCUGCACUUCGACUUCAUGGACGCUCCGCCCGUCGAGUCGCUGAUCAUGGCGCUGGAGCAGCUGCACUCGCUGUCGGCGUUGGACGACGAGGGGCUGCUCACCAGGCUGGGCAGACGGAUGGCGGAGUUCCCUCUCGAGCCGAACCUCUCCAAGAUGCUGAUCAUGUCCGUGGCGCUGCAGUGCUCCGACGAGAUCCUCACCGUGGUCAGCAUGCUCUCGGUGCAGAACGUCUUCUACCGGCCCAAGGACAAGCAGGCGCUGGCCGACCAGAAGAAGGCCAAGUUCAACCAGCCCGAGGGCGAUCAUCUCACGCUGCUCGCCGUCUACAACAGCUGGAAGAACAACAAGUUCUCGAACGCCUGGUGCUACGAGAAUUUCGUCCAGAUCAGAACCCUGAAGAGGGCCCAGGAUGUGCGGAAACAGUUGUUGGGCAUCAUGGACCGGCACAAAUUGGACGUGGUGUCCGCAGACAGGAACACCGUCAGAGUGCAGAAGGCCAUUUGCUCGGGCUUUUUCAGGAAUGCCGGCAAGAAGGAUCCCCAAGAGGGCUACAGGACCCUGGUGGACAGCCAGGUGGUUUAUAUACACCCCUCCAGCGCUCUCUUCAACAGGCAACCUGAGUGGGUGAUUUACCAUGAGCUCGUCCAAACCACGAAAGAAUACAUGCGAGAGGUGACGACGAUAGACCCGAAAUGGUUGGUCGAAUUCGCGCCUGCCUUCUUCAAAUUCUCUGAUCCGACCAAAUUGAGCAAAUUCAAGAAAAACCAACGACUGGAACCGCUGUACAACAAGUACGAAGAACCGAAUGCUUGGAGAAUAUCCAGGGUCAGGCGCAGAAGAAAUUAA